UGACGCUUUUGAUCAUUCAGAGGGAUGUUAAAUUGCUCCUUUUUACUGUACUGUUGGCUUUUGUGGUUGGAACAUUCUGUGCCACUUGCACAGCAAUUGGGUAUCUUUUUUUACCUUGAAAUUGAUAAAUUUCUAGUGUUAUGACAUCAGUAAUUGGUGGGUCUUCUACUGGACCCCUGAUUCCACCUUUGGCUCAAGGAGAACCCGAUGCGGACGAAGUUGAUGGUACAGAGGAACGUCGUCAUCGACAAGCAUCAGAAGAUGAAGCACAAGAUGUUAAGUAUGGCGCGAAACACAUCGUGUUGGUGAUUGUGCCAGUUACUGUCUGUAUGAUAAUUGUAUGUUUUUCUAUCACACAACUCGAUUUCUACCAGAAAACAGACUCAUCGAUACAACCCACUUUAUAUUACACUCCACUUCGAGAAAGUAACCAGGGUGGAUGGGGAAACCUUGGGAUCGCUGUUCUGAACUCCUUGAUAUUUGUGAGCAUCGUUCUUGUGAUGACAACAGUCUUGGUUUUACUCUACAAAUAUCGUUGCUAUCGAGUUAUCCAUGGCUGGCUUAUAGUGUCAUCGUUUUUCCUUUUGUUCUAUUUCUCCUUUGUUUAUAUGAUAAGCUUAGCUAAGUGGAUGAAUAUUGCGCUAGAUUUUAUCACUACGUUCUUCUUCCUGCUCAAUUUUGGAGUUCUCGGGAUGCUGGCGAUUCACUGGAAGGGUCCGCUUGUUUUGCAGCAAAUGUAUCUUAUCAUUGUAGGCGCUCUAAUGGCGCUUCUCUUGAUCCGAUAUAUUCCCGACUGGACGACCUGGGUACUUCUAGGAGUCUUGGCUCUCUAUGACUUGGCCGCCGUUUUGUUGCCAGUUGGCCCACUACGAGUCCUAGUGCAACUAGCACAAGAAAGAGACGAGCCAAUAUUCCCGGCAUUGAUAUACUCAUCGGCUAUGGUGACUAUGGCCGAUAGCGAAGGUCGAGUUGCUAAUGAUGAUGCAAAGCUAUCUAAAUUGGACAACAGUUGUACUGAUAGAGCUGAAAGAGGUAGUUUGAGGGCACGCCACAGAGGGAGAUUGAGCGACGACUCAAUGCCAAGCGAAACCGCGCGCGAAGCGGUGGGAAGUCUCGGUGGAAAUAAUGCCACGAGUAAUAACCGGACUUCGCACAACACAACUGAUUCGGAUCUGGAACUGGAAGACGAGGAGCGAGGCGUCAAGCUAGGACUCGGCGAUUUCAUCUUCUACAGCAUACUGAUCGGCAAAGCGGCCUCUAGCGGAGACUAUACUGUAGUUUUUGCAGUGUACAUUGCCAUCAUUUUUGGACUUAUAUCAACGGUUGUGCUUCUCGCAUUCAUGCGUCGCGCUUUGCCUGCGCUGCCCAUUUCGAUAUUUUUCGGUUUAUCGUUCUAUUUCAGUACCAUGUUUAUAGUCAGUCCCUAUGUUGAGCGAUUGUCUUACGAUCAGCUAUUCCUGUAAAUUUUAUAACGAUGUUCUUUUAUAAGCUUCCGUAAAUAAAUUGUAGUUUGAUUGAUAUUCAAAAAUUAAUUAAAAAUUCUAUGUUAA